ACUCGUGUUCUCUUGGGCUCUGGCUUUUAAGUGAACUCAAGGCUAGAGAUUUUGAACUCCUAGUCCUGGGCUUCGGCUCUAUGGGUUCUGGGCACCCAGGUGCCAGGAUCAGACUGUAGAAAAGGUCCAGCCUCUGGCUUCAGUGAAGGCCCUGAGCUUUACUCAGGUUGAGUAAGCCCCAGAGAGGGCUCCACACUCUUGGCUCUCUGACAGUGGAGUGGUUUCUGGGCUCUGGCUGUAGAGUGAGGCCUAUAUAGUCCAGUUCCUGCCUAAGGAUCCUGGGGCAGUGUUUGGGGCUGGCCUGGGUCUAGAGACAGGGGUAAGCAGACAGGUGUUUCUUGCUGCAGGAUGGGACUACUUUUGUGCUCAUCUUUGGUCAACUCUGCCUUCUCUCCUGACGGCCAGAGGCUGUGAGCAGCCUCUGAGGAUGGCUGUGUGUACGGCUGGGCAACCCAGAGCGGGCAGCUGCUGUGUAGGCUGGGUGGCCACCCAGGCCUUGCUGUGUCCUGUGCCACUUUGUCCCCUCCCUGACCUGGUGCCUGUAGGUCACCAGCGGAGUGUGGAGACAGCCAGCUUUAGCCCUGACUCCAAGCAGCUGGCAUCAGGUGGCAGGGACAAGCACGUGAUGCUCUGGGAAGUACAGUCUGGCCAGAUGCUGCACCACUUAGCAGGGCACCAAGACACCUUCCAGAGCAGUGACUUUACACCCAGCUCAGACUGCCUGCCUAGGGCCCAGGCUGGCCAGUCCAUGCUCAUAGCAGAUGUCUGCAAGCCACUGGCUCCUGUGACCCCACCAAUCUUCCACCAGGAGUUGGAGGGCAACAGUGGCAACAUCAGCUGCCUGUGCCUCUCAGCCUCUGGCCUUCUGGCAUCCGGCUCCUGGGACAAGACCAUCCUCAUCUGGAAGCCCUCAACCAGAAGCCUACUUGUCCAGCUUAAGGGCCACAUCACCUGGGUGAAGAGCACAGGUUUCUCCCUCGAGCUACAGCUGGCCAGUGCUGGUUAUUCCCACAUGGUCAAAGUCUGGGACUGCAGCACAGGAAAGUGCACUGAGACCCUGAGAGGAGUCCUGGAUGUGGCCCACGCCUGUGCCUCCACCCCAGAUGGGAAACUCCUGGUGUCUGGAGCUGCUGACAAGGCAAGACACCAAAUCCACCACUCAGAUCACCCAGGGCCUUUUGAAUGUAACAUCACCACAAACAGCUCUCACACCUCACCCCCUGCCUCUCCCUGCCCAGGAUGCACAGGGCCUGGAGUAAUGAUUGUGUGAGAGGACAGGGCAGUUCCACACCACAGACCCAAAGUAACCAUCACAGAGUCCAACGGAUCCUGUGGCCAGGACUGUCGUGGCUCCACA